GAAAUUUCUUCCAGCCCACUUGCCUCUGAGCGGGCGUCUUCCCUCUAGUGCAUCCUCUCUCUGCUGCUCACGGGGAAAACUUUCACUGGAUUUCUCAAUCGGUUUCCCAUUACGUUAUUUUAAAAAAAUUAAAAAAAAAAAAAACGUUUUUGUUUGAUUUUUAAAGCGUUUGUGCACGACCAACGUGCACGAACACAAUCUCGGAAUUAUGGCUCUAAGUGCAUCUAUUUUAGCCCUUCUGUGCUCUCUAUUUGUAGGGGCACGAGCUCAACUGGCUAGACAGAAGUUUCAAGAGUGUCCUGUGGAUCUUUUCUUCGUCCUUGACACCUCUGAGAGUGUGGCGCUGAGGGCAAAGCCCCCGGAGUUCUACAUCGACCAGAUUAAGACCUUCACCAAGAACUUUAUCGAUGCGCUCGAAGACACGCGUCAACCAUGUGACCGAUUCGUGACAUGGAACUCAGGUGCACUGCACUACAGCGAUGACAUCAUCCUCAUUCGGGAACUGAGUGAGCUGAAUAAACAGAGAGAUGAGCUCAAGAAAGACGUGGAUGGAAUUUCCUACAUUGGGAAGGGGACGUACACCGACUGUGCCAUCAAGAGGGGCAUCGCCGAGCUUCUCAUUGGUGGUUCCCAUUACCAUGAGAACAAGUACAUAGUGGUGGUGACGGACGGACACCCCGUCACAGGCUACAAGGAGCCGUGCGGGGGCCUGCAAGAGGCCGCCAACGAAGCCAGACAACACGGCAUCAAAGUGUUCUCCGUGGCCGUCACACCUGACCAGGAGGACACCAGGCUGUCUGUAAUCGCCACCAACAUGAACUACAGACAGAACUUCACGGCCGCAGAUGGAGUGAUGUCCACCCAGCUCAAAACCAUCCACACCAUCAUCAACAUGAUUACAAAUGAAACAAAGGACGUGUGCUGCUCCUUCGACUGUGCUGCUAGAUCAGGUCCAGGAGGCCCUGGUGGGGAUCAUGGAUCUAAGGGUGAGUCUGGCAGACCGGGGAUGCCAGGAGAGAAGGGAGACUUUGGUGACGUGGGAAGUCCAGGUGACCCAGGUCCUGUCGGCUACCAGGGCAUGAAGGGAGACAAAGGUACAAGGGGUGAAAAGGGUGAGAGGGGUCACAGAGGAUUCAAGGGAGACAAAGGACUGCGCGGGAUUGAUGGGAUUGAUGGACGCAAGGGGGAGGCUGGAUUCCCAGGCCUCGCAGGCUGCAAAGGAUCCCCCGGGCCCGAUGGAUUACAGGGAGAACCAGGUCCAAAAGGAGAUCCUGGGCCUUAUGGCACCAAAGGAGGAAAAGGAGAGCCUGGGAGAGAUGGGGAGCCAGGAAGACCAGGAAAAUAUGGCCCGCCUGGAAGAAAGGGUGAACUGGGGGUAAAGGGAGCCAGUGGAGACAAAGGAGAGAGGGGCGAUGAUGGAAAACCAGGACCAGAUGGACCUCGUGGAGAAAGGGGAACAGGAGGAGAGAAGGGUGAACAAGGUUCUCGUGGAAACAGAGGAACCAGGGGAGAGAAGGGCGAUCCAGGCCCAAGGGGCGAGCAAGGACGAGAGGGUUCAGCCGGACCCAACGGAGAACCAGGUGAAAUAGGACGGCCUGGUCCACUUGGGUACAGGGGAGAUGAGGGCGCCAUAGGACCUGAGGGAGUGAAAGGGCCAAGGGGAAUCAAAGGAGCCCCCGGAGACAGAGGCGUGAUGGGUGAGAGGGGAGAAGAUGGAGCUCCAGGAAAUGGCACUGCAGGAUGCCAUGGCUUCCAAGGUUAUCCAGGUCCAAGAGGAGAUCCAGGAGAGCCGGGUGGGAAGGGUACUCCUGGGCCCAAAGGAGACGACGGCGAGCCUGGUGAUCCUGGGGCAGACAACAACGAGCCUGGAAAUCCCGGCCCGAAAGGACUUAAAGGCCACAGAGGACCAGAGGGGAAGCCGGGACUACCUGGGCCACCUGGACCUUCGGGGGCUGAUGAAUGUGAAAUCCUGGAUAUUAUCAUGAGGAUGUGCUCUUGCUGUGAGAGCAAGUGUGGCCCGGUGGACAUUGUGUUUGUCGUGGACAGCUCAGAGAGCAUCGGGGCCGCCAACUUUGCCCUCUCCAAGGACUUCAUCGUGACCGUAAUCGACAGACUGAUGAAAGACCAGCACGUCAGGUUUGGCGCCAACGAGUCACGGGUGGGUGUGGUGCAGUACAGCGGGGAGAACGCCCAAGAGGUGGUGCGGCUGGGUGACCAGAACAUCAACACCCUCACAGAGCUCAAACAAGCUGUUAAGGACUUCAGGUGGCUUGCUGAGGCCACGUACACGGGAGAGGCCCUGCAGUACUCCCUGACCAACCUGAUCAGCCGCAUCAAGGCCGAGAACAGCGUGGUGCUGGUCCUGACCGACGGCCGCUCGGACAUCACGAGGGACAGCGUGCCGCUCAACGUGCUCUGCAACAAGGGGAUCCGGGUGGGCGGGCUCGGCGUUAUAGAUUACACCGGGAGGGUGCCCAAUCAGGAGCAGAUUGAAGGCAUGGUUUGUCAGAAUGACCUCAGAAAGCCCGGGUUCUCUUUUGUGCUCAACAACUAUGCUGAGCUUCUGGAUGAUACGUUCCUGCAGAACCUGACAGCACAGAUCUGCCAAGAUAAGAAGGCCCCCAAUUACAAAUGUCCAAUCGUCUUCAAGGCAGACACCGACAUUAUCCUAAUGAUGGACAGCUCGGCCAGCGUGGGCGGCAAUAACUUCGAGGUGACCCGCACGUUCGUGAAACGCCUGGCGGAUCGCUUCCUGGCGUCGGACUCGCCCAGCGGCGUGAAGGUGCGCGUGGCGGUGGGCCAGUACAGCAGGCAGGCCGCCAUAGAGGGCAAAUUCACCUCCAGCUACACCGAGGUGGCCGGCAAGAUCGACUCCUUCGCCUUCCAGAACGCCGCCACGGACGUCACAGGCGCCCUGGACUUUGCCAUCAAGGAGUUCAAGCGCAACAGCACCGGGAACCAGAAGAGGAAGCUGCUGAUCUUCUCGGACGGGCGGUCCCAGGGCGUGACGGAGAGCCUCAUCGAGAAGAAGGUGCGGGAGGUCCAGGACGCCCGCGUGGAGAUGUACGUGCUGGCCGUGGGCAGCCCGGUGAACGAGGCCAACCUGCGCUCCCUGGCCAGCCGGGGCCGGGCGUACGACGUCAUCUACGCACAGCGCCACCUCCUCAGGGCCGCCGACUACCCGUCUCUGCUCAGGGGCGUCUUCUACCAAACUGUGUCCCGGAAAGUCUCGCUAGAUUGAGAGGUCUGGAGACAGGCGGGGCGACAAGCAAGCAAUGGGAGGGGGGAGGGGAGGGGAGGGGUAGUGUAGAGGGCAGGGGGCGGGUUGGAGGGCUCAGGAGAACUUACACCAGAGAUUUACACCUGAGAAUAGGGUGGUAGGCAAACUCAGCACAGAGAUUUUCUGUGAUACAUACUUUAAACUCCUUGAUCAUUUUUGGGUGCUUAUCUUAUAUUACCAUUUUAUCUUAAUGAUAGGCUUCAAUUAUUUGUCAGGUCAAUUUGAGCAUCUACUUGUCAUGGGGUAAAUUUGUACUUUGAAGGCAAGCCAUGCCACGUAGGAUAAAAUCGCUAUAACUGCAGUUGUUUGCCUUUGAAUCAAGAAGUUAAGCCAGUCUUUGGUAUAUUUGUCUCCUAUUAGCAACACACAGGUGGUGUACAAUUCUGCCUAAAAAUGUACUGAUUAAGAUAAUACUUGUGUGCAAGGGUAUGGGUAUUAUUUGACUGCACUGUACACACAUGAUCUAUACAAAUGUGGAUAUACUGGAGAUUCUGCCCAUUAAAAAGGCUUUAACCAGGAUUAUGCAUCGUAUAGCAAUAUUGUACCGUAGAAGAACCUGUUGUUAAAUUGCAUUAAAUCACUUUGUUUGCCUUAAACAAAUGUUUGCCCUACCUAUUCUCUGACAAAGUUUUAAUUUGUUGAAGACACUUUGCCCGUUUAUCUGUUUUCAUUUUUUUUUUUACAAUAAUGAACAGCAAAAAACAAUGAUUGUGCUUUAUUCAAUUUUUCUUAUUAGCAUUGAAUUACAUAUCACGUAACUAUAUCCAGUGGUGCUGUCUCCAGUGGAGCCUACUCAGGCUCUCCUGUGUUUUUUAUUUUUAUUUUCUUAGUUUAUUUUUUUUUGUUUGUUUUAUAUAUUUUGUCAUGGAAAAGAAAGUACAACUAUCUCUCAAAAAACAAGACAUUACCACUAGGUUUUUGUAAAGAUUUCUUCGUCUAUUGGAGACAAUUACAGCCUCAGAGCUACUGUAAGGGAAUGUUCCUUCAAUAAAGGGUGCUUCACCAAU